AACCAUUCAAGAUCCUCUUGAGAAAUUUAUUCAGGAAUCGAUAUAUGAUCUUUUACAUCUACCGCUCCAUCUUCUUUCAGAUGAUAAAGUAGAGAAAAUUACCUCAUAUAUGAAAGAAGAUCAAGAACUGGCAGGCUGUAUCAAUCACAACAAAACCUUUCAACGCUUUAUUAGUGAUAUUAGUGAACAACUUGUUAAUUACCACCUUAUGAAAAAAUAUCUAUUUGAUGACUUUGCAACCAUUAUGAAACUAGUGGUUGCAUAUGCCAUCCUUAACAUUCCUGUUGAUGAGACUGAUAAAUUUGAAAUUGGCAUUAUAAAUUUGGAAGUAACACGGUAUAAUCCUAAGAUGCCUUAUGUCUGUAUGCCAUAUAUUUGGAUGUGGAUAACAACCUCAAUCAAGGAAUUCAAAGCAGGUCAAUUUUGGGAUGUUAUGAUUGAUCAAAAAUCUCAUAUCUUAGGUGUGUAUUAUAUUUAUCAAGGAAUCCCUCUUUUAGAUCAUAAAUUUCAGCUCCCUACAGUAGAAAAAUAUUACUUAGAACUUGCACAUCGAUAUCCUGACAUAAUGCAAAAUAAGCACUUAUUGCUUGGCACAGUUAAAUCUUCAAAUACCACAGCUGGACAGCCUCAAACCUUAUCUAAGGCGAUAGUUAAAAGAGAGUACAAGAAAGUUAAAAAUGAAUUUGAAUUUAUGGAAAAAUCAUUUAAAAGUGAAAGGCCCAUUAAGCAUUGGAUUUUUUUAUCUGCAUCAAUGGACCUAAGACAAGAAAUUGUUUGGAAUCUUUAG